UUCCAUGUCUAAUUAAUUACGUGUGUAAUAUGUCAUUUUCAGAUGAUGGAUUCAAAAGCGUUAGUACCUUGAAAACAUGGCGAGAAGUGCCACCGUCACACUACAUAUUAAAAAUCGAGUCAUUCUCGUCGCUUCUGCGAAUCCUUGAUAAAACUAAAGUCGACAACCAUGAAUCAAAUGAGUUCAAAGCUAGUGGCUACACAUGGAGAUUGUUACUGUACCCUAGUGGAGACCAGGAAAGAAAUGGAAGUAACCAUAUAUCUCUCUACUUGAAAAUCAUGUACCCUCCACCGGAGAUGAAUGCUCUUCUAAUAUUUUUUAUAUAUGACCAACUAAAGGAUAAGUACUUGAGCAUUCAAGAUGUGGAAGUAAGGCAAUUUAAUAAGACGAACAGGGUGUGGGGACUUUCCCAACUAGUCUCGCUUGAUUGUUUCCGAAAUACUUCGAAUGGAUUCCUGGUUAACGAUAGUUGUGUGUUUGGAGUGGAGGUUUUUGAUAUAAAAUGCGAUGCAUUUGAAGUUCAAGGGGCAUAUCUUCGCACGCUACGCCAACAAAGUGAAAUAGUAAAAAUUUGGACCGUGGAAAAGCUUUCUGAGUUAAAGGAAACAGGCCAUUUUUCCGAACAGUUCUCUGUUGGGGGUUACAACUGGAAAUUCCACCUUUAUCCCAAAGGUGCUCCCAAAGCAAAGGGAAAAUGUCUGUCUAUAUACCUAUGCCUACAAGACCAAGACAAAUUUCCUCCGGGAUGGAAAAUGCACGUUGAAUUCAAGCUUUCUAUAAAUGAUCAAGUCCAUGAGAACAACUCUGACAGAAUAACAAAAAUAGGUAAUGCUUGGUUUAGUGCCUUAGACACUGCUUGGGGCUUUCCAUGCUUUAUUAAGCUGGCUGAUCUACGAAGAUCGACGAGCAAUAUUUUUAGGGAUGCAAUGGAAAUUGAACUGCAAAUUAUUUCCAUGUCCACGACCAUCGCCAUUAUAUCCGGCCACUUGGUUUUACGAGAUCUUGGUCGGGUUUCUGCGACCGCCAUCACUUCCGUCGUCGGAGCUGCCACCAUUGCCAUUACUUCCGUGGUCGCAGCUGCCACCAUCGCCAUCACUUCCGUGGCCGCAGCUGCCACCACCACCGUCGUUGACCCUGCCUCAGCUGCCGUCUCCAUCGUCACUGCCGCAGCAAUCGUCAUCGCCACCGCUAUCGCCAUAGUCGCAGCCGCCGCGGCCACUGCUCAUGUCGUCACCGCAUGUGAAAAAUGCAUAUUGGAAAAAUUAACAGUGACGAUGAGAAAUGUUGCUCCCGCACAUUACACAUUAGAGAUCGAAUCACUUCCGUUUCUGAAAGAAAUCCUUUCAAAAACUGGACUUCACAGCUAUGAAUCACCUGAAUUUCAAGCUAGUGGCUACAAAUGGAGGUUGAUACUUUACCCUGAGGGAGACAAGCAAAGAGGUGGAGAAGGUCAUAUAUCUCUUUACUUGGAAAUUGUGGGCAUCCAAAAUCUAGGCCGUCCAUGGGAGAUUGAUGCUCUUUUAAAUUUUUUUGUGUUUGAUGCAAGUUGGGCACAGUACAAAAGCUUUCAAGAUGGGAGAGUGAAGCGAUUUAAUGCGGUAAACAAAGAAAGGGGAUUUUCUCGACUUCUUACUCUCGCUGAAUUCUAUGAUACUUCAAACGGCUACCUGAGCCAUGGAGACAGAUGCAAGUUUGGAGUGGAGGUUUUUGUUAUAAAAAGUGAAGGCAAAGGGGAACGUUUUUUCACCAUGGACAACCUCAGUAAAAAUGUGUAUGUUGAAAAGUUUUACGAGUUACAUAAAGGAGGCCGAUAUUCGAAAGAAUUUACUAUUGGGGAUUACAAAUGGAAGUUACACCUUUAUCCCAAAGGUGUUCCAAAGGUGAACGGAGAAUUUCUGUCUAUUUUUAUUCACCUAGUUGACAACGAAAAAAUUCCAAUCGGAAACAAAAUGUAUGUGGAAUUCAAGCUUCGAAUGAAUCACCAAGUCGAGAAAACAGGUGGUGCAUGGUUUAGAUCCUUUGCCCCUGCUUGGGGCUUUCCGUGCUUCACAAGGUUGGCCGAUCCAAAACCGACGAACACAAAGUUGGCUGAUCCAAAACAGGCGGACGGCAUAAAGUUCGCUGAUAAAAGACUGACGAUGGGCAUUUCUGAUAAUGAUGAUAUGCUGUUUGAAGUACUGUUUGAAGCCGUAAUUACUUCCAUGUCCAUGGCCAUAGAUCUUUAUCCAGAUCCCCCAAAAACCAAGGCAAACCCUACAGAUAGUGAUGCACCACCAGGAUUUCCUUAGAUCAACUUUUUAUUAUUAAAAUAUGUCAAAGUGUUUUAUGUUUAAAUAAGUACACAUGAUUACAAUAUUACUUCAA